AUGCAGUCAUACACCAUCAUACCAUUAGCUGAUCAUCGUCUCCUAUUUCGGAAACAGAAUAAAGAUUUUUCAAUGCAUGUAGAUUAUUUCAACAUAGCUCAAUCAUUAAUUAAUCUUGGAUGGGAUCACGCUGGAAAGAAAGCAUUUAAGCGCGCCAAUGAGCUAUUUCGAAGAGCUUUAAAACGAUGGAAACGUCUUUAUGGCGAGCAAGAUGAUCUUAAGGUUGCUAUUGCACUUGUCUCCAUAGGUGAUAUCAGUACUGAACUAGAUGAGUACGAAAACGCUGAGCAUUGUUUAAUACAAGGACUGAAAAUGCUCGAUCGUUUAUUCCCAUACAAUCAUAUUGAAAAAACAAAAGCACUAAUGAAAAUUGGUAACUUAUAUGAGAAGCGGUCUCGCUUUAUCGAUGCUAUGGAAUAUUAUCGACGUGGCUAUGAUUCAGCGAAGGAAAUGAUUCCAAUUGAACAUCCACGUUUUAUCGAGUAUUGUGGAAAUAUUUUGAAACUUUACCGAAAAAUGAACAAUAUCGAUGAAGCUUUACAGUUUUAUGCUGAAUGUUUUAACCUUCUACAAAAAGAACUGGACGCAAUUCAUCCAAAUAUUGCUCAAAUUCAUCUGAUAAUGGCAGAUGUAAUCAAUGAAUGUUGA